GACAGCCGGCAGUUCAGUGUUCCAGGACAGAGCAGACAUCCCGUAACUAUGCCAGAAAUCACCACUGACAGCCUGGAUGAGCAACAGGUUAAGCUCCUGGCAGAGAUGUGCAUAGUUAUCGAUGAAAAUGACAAGAAGAUUGGGGCUGAGACCAAAAAGAAUUGUCACCUGAAUAAAAACAUCGAGAAAGGAUUAUUGCAUCGAGCUUUUAGUGUCUUCUUAUUCAACACGGAAAAUAAGCUCCUGCUACAGCAGAGAUCGGACGCUAAAAUCACCUUUCCAGGUUGUUUUACCAAUUCUUGCUGUAGUCAUCCCUUAAGCAACCCUACAGAGCUUGAAGAAAAUGAUGCGAUAGGAGUAAGAUGAGCAGCACAGAGGCGUUUAAAGGCUGAAUUGGGAAUUUCCCCGGAACAGGUUCCUCCAGAAGAAAUUAAGUAUCUAACACGGUUUCACUACAAGGCACAGUCUGAUGGUAUCUGGGGAGAACAUGAAAUUGAUUACAUCUUGUUUGUGAGGAAGAACGUAACUUUGAACCCAGAUCCCAAUGAGAUUAAAAGCUAUUGCUAUGUGUCAAAGGAAGAAGUGAAAGAAAUACUGGAAAAGGCAGCCAGUGGUGAAAUUAAGAUUACUCCGUGGUUUAAAAUCAUUGCGGACGCUUUUCUCUUUAAAUGGUGGGAUAAUUUAAGUCAUUUGAGUCAGUUUGUUGACCAUGAGAAAAUACAUAGAAUGUGAAUAUGGAAAUGAAUGAUGAGAACUAAAAAAAUUCCCUACUUAGUAAAGUUAAAAUCAUUUUUAAAAAGUAAGUGUAACCCGUCUAAACACAUGGACCUGACAAGUUGGAGCCUAUUAGUGAAGCUUUUCGGGAUGUGGGGACAUUUUGAGGACACUCGUAGAGCACUUUGCUAACUGCCCGGUGCUGCCUGUGUCAUUACAUUUUUAUCAUAGACCAGAAAACUGUUUGCUUAGCUACUUUGGAACAGUUCAAAUUAACUUUCCAUGUUAGAGGUUAGACGAGAAUGGGUUUGAGGUAGUUAGAUGGUCUGUGUCCUGAUUUAUUGGCCCGUUCUCAGAAUACAGGGCACAGACCGGCUAUAUGUAACUUGGGUCAUUCGGUGCAACAGGGCUUCUUGCCGUUGGUACUGUUGACAUCAAGGCUAGAUAAUUCUGUUGUGGGGGCUCCUCAUGUGCAUUGAAGGGUGUGUUUGGCAGCACCCCUGGGUUCUACCCACUGAAUGCCAUCUGCACCCGUCCCCUUAUCACAGCAACAAUGACACCAAAUACCAUGUCUGCCGGGAGGCAAAGUUGUCCUAUUUGAGAACCACUGUUACACAAAGUCAUGGGGUGAGUGGAAUAUGUGUAUUAACUUACAUGUACGUUGAUCAAUGCACUGUUUUAAAACUUGCCAGAUUCUUCAGAUUUAAAAUUUCAAGAGUUUUAUUUUUCUUGAAUGCUAUAUAAUGAAAAAAAAAAGUUUUUCUUACAAGCUAAAUGUUGUAUGAACUCAGUAGAAUAAUCCAUUUCUGGUUAACUGAACAGUUAAUUUGUAAUUUCAGGCAAGAUUGUUGCAAAUAUUUUAUUGAAAAUAAAA